ACCCUGGCCUCUCCUUCAGCAUCCACCUCUCCCCUCAAGAUUUCCAACUUCCUCGCUUCCGUCGAAACCGAUUCUUGUGAACCUCCAUUCCUUUGCGAAGAUCUGGAUCACGCCAAAUUAGCCUUAGCCGACCAAAUUGAUGGUGAAGAAAUAAGUGGCCGAGUCUCUGACCCAGGUGUCGGCACUUCGGUAAACUCGCGUCUUUUAGUCCCUUAUAGGACUUGUAAUGUGGUGUCUAAGCAAGUAACGAACGCUGAUCUCUGUUCCCUUAGACAGCGCCUCUAUGCUCCCGCAAUCUACGGUGCCGUUUGUCCGCCAUCCACUAUUGACUCUGUCUUAGAGAAAGCAGGCUCUCUUAUGUCACUAAAAGAUUCUUCUGCAAGCCUGCUUCUGCAACAAUUUAGAGCCGAUUCUACCCAAUCUGCAUUACGAAUCAUCACUCUUUCCGGAGCCAAUCAGUUGGCGACAGGCCUUGGGCUAAUGCCCUUGGCUUCAAGUUUCAAUAUCCAAGAACCCCAUUCAAGGAAUUCGUCUCUUAAUUGCCCAGUCCCGCUUCGCAUCACUCAGCUUCCGGUAGCCAUCAAACACUCAUCCAGCUUUACUCAUAUGUCUAGUAUGGCGAGAGUCUACGCCAAUUGCUAG